GUCCGCAAGCAGCGCAUCAUGACCACGAACGCUUACAGAAUGCGUGAUAGCAACGGUAAUCUUUACACUGGCCAGCUGGAGACGAGAAGUUCGGAAAGCAACGGAGCACCAUCGGAUGAGCCAUCGGAGUACUUCCUGGCACUGAGUUACACCGGCUACGACUUCUUCCGAAGUGUCGUCGAGAUAGCGCUCACCAUUUCGUUUCUGGCGGCGAAUAGCAAUCUGCUGCGAUUGCUGGUGAGCUUCAAGGAAACGGAAACGUUUAUCGCCAGCGAAGCACUGGUAACGAUCUCGAUCCUACUGCAGAUCCUCGUGGGAAUCGCUAUUGUCACAAUCACGCAGGUGAACGAUCCCAGCCGGUGCGUGAAGAUGAAAGCAUUUGCCGUAACCGGUGCGAUUCUGAUCGCGCUAAUCAACCUUAUGAUACCGUUCAUUAUCAAUGUUGAACACUCGAGGAUCGAUCUCGGUUCGAUCUAUCGAAGCUACGCGGGAGCUGGAUUGUGA